AUGUCCGUCCCGUAUAGCUUUUAUAUUGUGGUUUCAUACUCGCGAUCAAACCCUAAGGCACUUACUGCAUCACAUCCCGACGCCCGCCUUGCUGUUGAGCUGACUAAUACGGGUAGCGCUGCUGAUUCAUUUUGUCUACGAAUUACCUUUUUGAGCAAGGAUCAGUUCUUCACAAGGUUCGUACAUGACGACAACAAUCCCAGCGCCAGUGGCAGCGAUUCUGGCAGUAAUACUAGCAGCCUAAAAAGCUCCAUUUCCCAUGCAGCGAAACUUAUGCGCCUUGCGACGUGCACGAACACCUCCGCGAUAGAUCGUCUCAAGGCUGCAAAAUGGUGGUGUCAACGGCCCAUGUUUUACGAGGGAUCCUUUCAAGUUCUACCUCUUGCCGUCACCUUAGUUUCGAUUCCUUUCAAUAUAGAUGAUAUCAAUAGCCAACUUUUUCUGGCGACCUACAUCGAAGCCCCGCCAUUGUCCAUGUUCAAGUUGGAGCGUUGUGGAAUCGAAUGUCUAUCACUGGCCGACAAGUCGUUUCUAGGUCACGUGGUGCUUGAUAGUUGCUUAAGGAUGAGUCGAGAUCUGAAAGAGCUCUUGCCCUUCACCCGUCUCGUGACGAUCAGCCUCAAUAGUCUCGAUCAGCUGGAGUCCUUAAGUGGACUCCGCUCCUGUACCGAACUCAAGGUCCUUCGCGUCUAUUCCUGCCCGAAGCUCCGUGAUCUCGCGGUGAUUCAGCACCUUUCGAAUCUCUGGGAGCUCGACUUGAACGAGCUGGCCAUCACCUCGCUUGUGCCCGGGGAGGACGACGCGCCCCUCUCCGCCUCUGAGAUUGGGGAGACGGUCCAAGGGCAGCUGGAGGUGGUUCGGGUGAUGAACUGUGCGGGGUUGGCCGACCUUCGCUUUCUCCGGCACCAUCCUCACAUCCUCUCCAUCUCCCUUACCCGUCUUCCCCUCACCCACCUCAACUGGCUGUGCUGUCAGGGAGAGCUCAAACAGCUGGUUCUGCAGUCUCUGCCCGCGCUGUGGUGGGGCCCGCAUGGGCAGGACGGGGCCCUGAGUUUGCCCUUCUUAAAACGCCUCAUCCUGGACGACCCCCACCCCGAGAGUGACCUGGGAUUUCUGGCACAGUGCAUUAACCUGGAGGAGCUGCAGCUGCGGUGGUGGAACCACGACGUGGGAUGGGGCCCUAUUGGGCAUCUGCGCUUUCUCAAGACGCUCCGGAUCUCGAAUAACGACUCGCUAAGGGCGCUGAACUGGAUUCAUCAGUGCAGCCAGAUUAAGGUUUUGCAUUUAUCGAUGAAUUUGUUUCUUCAGGAUUUCUCACCUAUCGCGUCCUUGCUUUCCCUCGAGCAACUGAACCUGAAUGCGACAAAGGUGAUGGACGGUCAUAUAACGUGUAUUUCUGCAAAGUGUUCUAAACUUUGGCGGGUUAUCCUAGACAACUGUCGUCUUCUUAGCGAUUUAAGCUCGCUGGGUCAGCUUUCUAAUCUAAGCGUUUUCAGUGCCUCCAACACACGGAUUACUUCCAUUGAUUGGAUCGUGAAUUGCGUUCAUCUGACAAAGGUUUCACUGCAGAAUUGUAGUGAAUUGAAGGACAGAAGCCCACUAAAUUAUCUUCCCGUGUUAAGGACUUGCGAUCUCUGA